UUGCUUUGUUUUUCUUUUGGGGAGUGCAACUUUCAGCUUGCUCGCCAAGAUGAUGGACAUGUCGGAAUUCGGGGAAGCUGCUCCCUUCCUCCGGAAAAGUGACAAGGAGCUGAUGGUGUUGCAGACUGUAGCUUUUGAAGGGAAGAAGAAAUGCUGGAUUCCAGAUGAGAAGAAAGCUUAUCUUGAAGCUGAGAUAAAAGAGACUGGCGGUGGCAAAGUCACUGUUGAGACUGUGGACGGGAAGACAGUCACUUUGAAGGAAGAUGAUGUUCAACAGAUGAACCCUCCCAAGUUUGACAUGAUUGAAGAUAUGGCUAUGCUGACCCACCUCAACGAGGCAUCUGUGCUGCAAAAUUUGAACAGACGCUACAGUAACUGGAUGAUCUAUACUUAUUCGGGUCUCUUCUGUGUGACAAUAAACCCUUACAAAUGGCUUCCUGUCUACAAGACAGAAGUUGUUUCAGCUUACAAGGGCAAGAGACGUUCAGAGGCUCCUCCUCACAUCUUCUCCAUAGCUGAUAACGCUUACCAUGACAUGCUGCGUAAUCGAGAGAACCAGUCAAUGCUGAUCACUGGAGAAUCUGGUGCCGGCAAGACUGUGAACACGAAACGUGUCAUUCAGUAUUUUGCCACAGUAGCAGCAAUCGGUGAACCUGGAAAAAAGAAUCAACCAGCAACCAAGACUGGGGGGACUUUGGAAGAUCAAAUCAUCCAAGCCAACCCAGCCUUGGAAGCCUUCGGGAAUGCCAAAACUCUGAGAAAUGACAACUCCUCACGCUUUGGUAAAUUUAUCAGAAUCCAUUUUGGAACUACAGGAAAGCUAUCUUCAGCAGAUAUUGAAAUUUAUCUGCUAGAGAAAUCCCGAGUUAUUUUCCAACAACCAGGUGAAAGAGACUACCAUAUCUUCUACCAGAUCUUGUCUGGGAAAAAAGCAGAGCUACAAGAUAUGCUCCUGGUGUCGACAAAUCCCUACGACUUCCACUUCUGCUCACAAGGUGUAGUUACUGUGGACAAUCUGGAUGAUGGGGAAGAGCUGCUGGCAACUGAUCAAGCCAUGGAUAUUUUGGGCUUUGUGGCGGAUGAAAAGUAUGGUGCCUACAAGCUCACUGGUGCCAUUAUGCACUUUGGAAACAUGAAAUUUAAACAGAGACCCAGGGAGGAGCAGGCAGAAGCCGAUGGCACUGAAAGUGCUGACAAAGCUGCUUACCUGAUGGGAAUUAAUUCCUCUGAUAUGCUUAAGGGUUUGGUGCAUCCUAGAGUGAAAGUUGGAAAUGAGUAUGUCACCAAAGGCCAAAGUGUGGAACAGGUUUCCUAUUCUGUUGGGGCCUUAUCCAAAGCAGUGUAUGAUAGGAUGUUCAAGUGGCUCGUUACUCGCAUCAAUAGGACCUUGGACACCAAGUUGCCAAGACAGUUCUUCAUCGGGGUGUUGGACAUUGCUGGCUUUGAAAUCUUUGAUUUUAACAGCUUUGAGCAGCUUUGCAUCAAUUAUACAAAUGAAAAACUGCAACAGUUUUUCAAUCACCACAUGUUUGUCUUGGAGCAAGAAGAGUACAAAAAGGAAGGCAUCGAUUGGGUGUUCAUUGACUUUGGAUUGGAUUUGCAAGCCUGCAUUGAUCUCAUUGAAAAGCCCUUGGGGAUCUUGUCUAUCCUAGAAGAAGAAUGCAUGUUCCCGAAGGCUACAGAUAUGACCUUCAAAGCCAAGCUGUACGACAAUCAUCUGGGCAAGUCACCUAAUCUGCAGAAACCCAGGCCUGACAAAAAACGGAAAUAUGAAGCUCAUUUUGAACUCCUGCACUAUGCUGGAGCGGUGCCCUAUAACAUUAUGGGUUGGCUUGAGAAAAACAAGGACCCACUCAAUGAAACUGUAGUGAGCACUUUUCAAAAAUCUUCCAACAAACUUCUGGCAAGCCUAUUUGAAAAUUAUGUCAGUGCUGACAGCGCACAAGCUGAUAAAGGUGGAGAGAAGAAACGCAAGAAAGGUGCUUCCUUCCAAACAGUGUCAUCCAUGCAUAAAGAAAAUUUAAACAAACUGAUGACUAAUCUGAAGUCCACGUCUCCCCAUUUUGUGCGCUGCAUUAUUCCCAAUGAAACAAAAACUCCAGGUGCUAUGGACCCUUUCCUUGUCCUUCACCAGCUUCGCUGUAACGGUGUCUUAGAGGGAAUUCGUAUUUGCCGCAAGGGAUUUCCAAACAGGGUUAUCUAUGCUGACUUUAAACAAAGGUACCGCAUUCUGAAUCCUUCUGCAAUUCCCGAGGACAAGUUUGUAGACAGCAGGAAAGCUGCUGAAAAAUUGCUCGCCUCUUUAGAUAUUGAUAAUAACCAGUACAAGUUUGGACACACAAAGGUCUUCUUUAAGGCUGGUCUUCUGGGACAUUUGGAAGAAAUGAGGGAUGAGAGAUUAGCCAAGAUUUUAACACUAAUUCAAGCAAGAGCCCGAGGCAGAUUGAUGCGCAUUGAGUUCCAGAAGAUCGUAGAGCGAAGGGAUGCCCUGCUUGUGAUCCAGUGGAAUAUCCGAGCUUUUAUGGUUGUGAAAAACUGGCCUUGGAUGAAGCUUUUCUUUAAGAUCAAGCCUCUGCUGAAAUCUGCAGAAACUGAAAAAGAAAUGGCCAAUAUGAAAGAAGAGUUCCUGAAAUUAAAGGAGGCCCUGGAAAAAUCUGAAGCCAGGAGGAAGGAGCUUGAAGAAAAGCAGGUAUCUCUGGUGCAGGAGAAGAAUGACCUGCUUCUUCAGCUGCAGGCAGAGCAAGACACCCUGGCAGAUGCAGAAGAACGAUGUGACUUGCUGAUUAAAUCUAAGAUCCAGCUGGAGGCCAAAGUCAAAGAGCUGACUGAGCGGGUGGAAGAUGAAGAGGAGAUGAACUCUGAGCUGACAUCCAAGAAGAGGAAGCUGGAAGAUGAAUGCUCUGAGCUGAAGAAGGACAUUGAUGACCUUGAAAUAACACUGGCAAAAGUGGAGAAAGAAAAACAUGCCACUGAAAAUAAGGUUAAGAAUCUGACAGAAGAAAUGGCAGCACUUGAUGAGACCAUCAGCAAGCUGACGAAGGAAAAGAAGUCAUUGCAGGAAGCUCACCAGCAGGCCUUGGAUGACCUGCAAGCAGAAGAGGACAAAGUCAACACACUGAGCAAGGCUAAAGUGAAACUGGAGCAGCAAGUGGAUGAUCUCGAGGGCUCUCUUGAACAAGAAAAGAAAGUGAGGAUGGAUCUGGAAAGAGCCAAACGCAAACUGGAGGGUGACUUGAAGCUGACUCAAGAAAGUGUCAUGGACUUGGAAAAUGAUAAGCUGCAGUUGGACGAAAAGUUAAAGAAGAAAGAAUUUGAAAUCAGUCAGAUGAGCUCCAAGAUUGAGGAUGAGCAGGCCAUAGUGAUGCAGCUCCAAAAGAAGAUAAAAGAGCUUCAGGCCCGCAUAGAGGAACUUGAGGAAGAGCUAGAAGCAGAACGAGCUGCCCGCGCAAAAGUGGAGAAGCAAAGAUCAGACCUGGCCCGAGAGCUGGAAGAGCUGAGUGAGCGGCUGGAAGAGGCUGGGGGCGCCACUGCGGCACAGCUGGAGAUGAACAAGAAGCGGGAGGCCGAGUUUCUGAAGCUGCGGCGGGACCUUGAAGAGGCCACUCUGCACUACGAGGCAACCGCAGCUACACUCAGGAAGAAGCACGCAGACAGCAUGGCGGAGCUUGGGGAACAAGCGGACAACCUGCAGCGGGUCAAACAAAAGCUGGAGAAAGAGAAGAGCGAGCUCAAGUUGGAAGUGGACGAUCUGUCUUCUACUAUGGAGCAAGUGAUUAAGGGAAAGGCAAAUGCAGAAAAACUCUGUCGUACUCUGGAAGACCAUCUCAAUGAGGCAAAAACUAAAGUGGACGAGAUGACUCGUGUGGUGAAUGACCUCACUGCCCAAAAAGGGAAGCUGCAAAGUGAAAAUGGUGAAUUUACAAGACAGCUGGAAGAGAAAGAAUCGCUUAUAAACCAACUUUCCCGAGGGAAGUUGUCUUUCACUCAACAAAUAGAAGAGCUUAAAAGGCAGCUGGAGGAAGAGAGCAAGUCAAAGAAUGCCCUCGCCCAUGCUUUGCAAGCUGCCCGCCAUGACUGUGACCUCCUGCGGGAGCAAUUUGAGGAGGAGCAAGAAGCCAAGGCAGAGCUUCAGAGGGCACUCUCCAAGGGGAAUGCGGAAGUGGCACAGUGGAGAACUAAAUAUGAAACCGAUGCUAUUCAAAGGACUGAGGAGCUAGAAGAUGCCAAGAAAAAGUUGGCAGCUCGUCUCCAAGAGGCUGAGGAAGCCAUCGAGGCGGCCAAUGCCAAAUGCUCUUCUCUGGAGAAGACAAAGCACAGGUUGCAGAAUGAGCUGGAGGACAUGAUGAUUGAUCUGGAAAAGUCCAACGCAGCAGCAGGGUCCUUGGACAAGAAGCAGCGCAAUUUUGACAGGAUCCUUAAUGAGUGGAAACAAAAGUAUGAGGAGUCCCAAGCAGAGCUUGAAGGUGCCCAGAAGGAAGCCCGAAGCCUCAGCACGGAAUUAUUUAAGCUGAAGAAUGCGUACGAAGAGAGCAUGGACAAUCUGGAGACCUUGAAGAGGGAAAACAAGAAUCUCCAAGAGGAGAUUUCAGAUCUAACUGACCAGAUCAGUGAAGGAAACAAGAACCUUCAUGAGGUGGAGAAGAUGAAGAAGCAGAUUGAACAAGAAAAAUCGGAAGUCCAGCUAGCCCUGGAAGAAGCUGAGGGGGCUCUGGAACAUGAAGAAAGCAAGACAUUGCGUUUUCAACUGGAACUCUCCCAAAUUAAAGCAGACUUUGAAAGAAAACUGGCAGAAAAAGAUGAAGAAGUUGAUAAUUUCAGGAGAAACCAGCAACGUGCCAUAGACACAUUACAGUCCACCUUGGAUUCGGAAGCCAAGAGUAGAAACGAGGCCAUCCGACUGAAGAAGAAGAUGGAAGGAGACCUCAACGAGAUGGAAAUCCAGCUCAGCCAUGCUAACCGGCAUGCCUCUGAGGCAACAAAGACCACACGCAUCCUUCAGGCUCAAAUAAAGGAACUGCAAGUACAACUUGAUGAUUCAACACACCUGAAUGAAGACUUCAAAGAGCAGCUGGCAGUCACUGACCGACGUAACACUCUCCUCCAGUCUGAGCUGGAUGAGCUCAGGGCUCUGCUGGACCAGACAGAACGCGGCCGUAAACUGGCAGAGCAGGAGCUGCUGGAAGCCACUGAACGUGUGAACCUUCUGCACACCCAGAAUACAAGCCUGAUCAACCAGAAGAAGAAGCUGGAGACUGAUAUCUCUCAAAUGCAAAAUGAAGUGGAGGAAGCCAUCCAGGAGUGCAGGAAUGCCGAAGAAAAGGCCAAAAAAGCAAUCACUGAUGCAGCAAUGAUGGCCGAAGAACUGAAAAAAGAGCAAGACACCAGUGCUCACUUGGAGCGGAUGAAAAAGAACAUGGAACAGACCAUUAAAGAUCUACAGAAGAGACUGGACGAAGCAGAGCAAAUUGCUCUAAAAGGGGGCAAGAAGCAGAUUCAAAAGCUGGAAUCCAGGGUCCGCGAGCUGGAAAAUGAACUAGAGGCAGAAGCCCGCCGCAAUACGGAAUCUCAGAAAGGAGUCCGCAAAUAUGAAAGGCGCAUCAAAGAGCUGACAUACCAGGCAGAAGAAGACAAGAAGAACUUAACAAGGAUGCAGGAGCUGAUUGAUAAGCUGCAGGUGAAAGUGAAAAGCUACAAGCAUCAAGCAGAAGAAGCUGAAGCUCAAGCCAACCAGUACCUUGCAAAGUACAGGAAGCAGCAGCAUGAGCUGGAUGAUGCUGAAGAACGAGCCGAAAUAGCUGAAUCCCAGGUCAAUAAGCUCAGGACCAAGUCAAGAGAUAUUGGCAUAAAAAAGGUUCACGAUGAGGAGUAAGCCUAUUAUGCCUUGAGUAGCUGCUGGCUAGACUGGUUCUUGCAUAGAAACCAGCAGCCCACCGCUGAAGCAGAAGAAAACAGGCAUCUUAACAAAUAAACAAAUAUCAAAUUAAAAUCUA